AUCCCGCUGCCCCGGUGAGAAGCGCGUCCCGCCGUGCGCCCCGGCAGCCCGCGGUCCGCUCCCGGUGGAUGGUGGGGUGUCCGCCGUGUCUCUCAGCCCCGGUGGCCGGACCGCGGGGGCGGAGAGCGGGUAUAAGACGUACAUGGCUCCUGGCUCCUCAAAUGAGAAGAAAACUGAUGAUGGACAGGCUUCAAAAGAGAAUUUUAUUCAUCUGUGCAAUCCUCACCUGGAGAAAAUGAAAGAAGACAUUCUGUACCAUUUUGCUCUUGGGACCGGUACCCAUGAUUUUCCGACAUUAUUUGGGGAUGUAAAGUUUGUGUGUGUUGGAGGAAGUCCUUCCAGGAUGAAAGCUUUUAUUGCCUACAUAGCAGAGGAGCUGGGGCUCGGGAGCCCGGGAAGUGACUACCCCAACAUCUGCGCGGGCACCGACCGCUACGCCAUGUACAAAGUGGGACCCGUGUUGUCUGUCAGUCAUGGUAUGGGCAUUCCUUCUAUUUCAAUCAUGUUGCACGAGCUGAUCAAACUGUUGUAUCAUGCCAAGUGUUCAGACAUAACCAUCAUUCGCAUUGGCACCUCUGGUGGAAUAGGUCUGGAGCCAGGCUCAGUGGUUAUAACGAGGCAGUCUGUAGAUGCCACCUUCAAGCCUCAGCUGGAGCAGGUUGUCCUGGGAAAGACAGUAAUUCGCAGCACUAGCCUGGAUGAACAGCUGGCUAAGGAGCUGAUGCAGUGCAGUAAAGAAAUCGGUCAGUUCCAUACAGUCAUUGGAAACACCAUGUGCACUUUGGAUUUCUAUGAAGGACAGGGCAGGUUGGAUGGUGCAAUCUGCUUAUAUGAUGAAGAAGAAAAACUGCAAUAUUUGAAGAAUGCUUAUGAGUCUGGUGUCAGAAACAUCGAGAUGGAGUCUUCUGUAUUUGCUGCAAUGUGUAAUCUCAGCGGUGUCAAAGCUGCUGUAGUGUGUGUUACUCUUCUGAAUCGACUCGAAGGGGAUCAGAUCAGCAGCCCACAUGAUGUCCUUGUGGAGUACCAGCAGAGGCCGCAGAAGUUAGUGGGAUAUUUCAUUAAGAAAAGUCUUGGGAAAUUGUGAAAUAUCCAUCUCGUGUUUUAGAGAAGGAGAAGGCCUUUGUACAGAUCAGGUUAUGAUUUCUGUGCAUUACAGGUCUUUUGCCUCAGAAUAACUUACAGCAUUCCGUGUGUCAGUGGGAGUUAAUCAUUUAUGUCACUGUUCUUUGGGAACUGAAUGUGCUGAAGGACUUCAGUUAAGUUUUACUUAGUUAUGCAUUGCUGGAUAGAAAACUCACUUUUCUAUGAAUUGGAAAGCAGAUCUGUUGUGAAGGACAAGGCUGUGAUAAUACAUGAAAAAGCUUUAUUUAUCUCUGCUGUAAAAGAAAAACUAGAGAGAAAAUCAAACUUUAUGGCCAAGUACACGCAUACCAGCAAAUUAACUUAAAAAUUUGAAUAAUUUUCUUGUUGUUAUAAACAAUUAUAUAACUUAUGAUUGUCUUUGUUGCUUCACUUGUAAAUAAAACUUAAAGUGAAUACA